GGAGCACUAUAGACAGUUCCCCGCCGGAGCACUGUAGAUGGUGGACGGGAGCGAUGUAAAGAUGUCGGUGGCGCUGGUGCAGAUGUCUUGUUUGUACCGGGGCAUGUUGGCGGUCCGGUCUACCGGCAUCAGGCCGCUGAUCCCCGGGCUGGUCCCGGUGAUGUUCAGAGCCUUCUCGGUGCGGAAGAAGGAGCCGGAGCAGCAGCUGGAGGAGAACCCGUUCUACAACAAGUACCAGCACAAGAUACAGCAGCUGCAGAGCGCCAAACCGCAGGAGUACAAGGUCCGAGUGGAGAAUCGCCAUGAGGCCAAGAAGGAAGUUCUGGGACACUCAAAGCAGGUGGAGUUCGUCCGGCUCAUGGAGCAGGAGUUGGAGAGAAAGGACAAGCUGGCUGCUGGCGAUGGAACAUCAGGAGGUUUCACAAAGAACAAGACGCUGGACUCCAUCCUCAACCUGGAGAUGAUCGGGGACAAGACGGCCGAGGAGAUUACAGAGCUUUGGAUGAGCUAUUAUUCAACCAAAGACACAAUCAGCGCCGUCAUCCCGACACAGAUGUACGAGGUGAUUUUGAGCAGAUCAAAGUCUUGCCCGAUGUUCCUCUACGCUCUGCCUCAGAGGGAAGGUUAUGAGUUUUUCUUGGCUCAAUGGUCCGGACAUGAGCUCCACUUCACCUCCCUCAUCAACGUCCAGACGCUGGGCGAGAACGCUCCCAGUCAGCUGAUCCUCUACCACUACACAGACCUGAAAGAUGAGAAGGGUGUGGUCCUCAUGACGGCCGAGCUGGACCCCAAGUUCAUAACCGUGCACCAGGCUCAGUGCUUGGCCAAUCAGGUGCAGCUGUUCUACGGCACGCAGAGGCAGGAGACGUACCGAUUGGUCGAGGCAUUUAACCAUCACCCUGCAGAAUUCAAACACAUGUCGGUGAUAGCGGAGCUGGAACAGAACGGCUUGGGCUCGGCGGUCGCGCCCGGGGGACGGUAGCUCACUGACAGCCGGAUUCCCAGGAUCUACAUUUAAAGGGACAGAAAGAAAAGCGCUGUUUUGCUCAGCACUUUCCGUGAGGAUUCACCUAUUCUUCAUACUGUACAUGAAGUUUGCAGCAACAGCUGUUUUAGACAAAAUCAUUUAAAGGAGCCAUCAGUAGCUUCUCAUGAACUCUGUCUGGGACUUGAUCAUCUGACAUCUGCUACAUUCUGCAUACAUUUUUAACCACAGGAGAGUAAUGCGGUAUUGAUAUGAUGAAUAAAUCCCACUGUAUCCGUCCUUCUAUAUUAGACUGGACCAGAAGGACUUUGUUUGCCCAGUUGCUAUCCCUGAAAACCCACGUGACGUUUAAUAAAUCGUGUUCAAAACCCCAAA